CAGACAGAAAGAGGGGAGGCCCAUGGUUGUUUCUUGAAAUCUGGUGAGCCAGGACCUGUUCCGAAAGCUGGGGAUGCAGCAGUGAGAAAACAACCAGGGAACUGCCUCAAGAAGUUUCUAUACCAUUUGUAUACACAGGGGCUGGAAUGGCCACGUGGAACAGGCCAUGUCAGAGGCUGCCUCAGCCUCCUCUGGUAGCCGAGUCCACUGCAGAGGGGGAGCCACACCUACCCACAGGCCGGGAGCUGACUGAGGCCAACCGCUUCGCCUAUGCCGCCCUCUGUGGCAUCUCCCUGUCCCAACUAUUUUCUGAACCUGAGCACAGCUCCUUCUGCACAGAGUUCAUGGCAGGCCUGGUGAAGUGGCUGGAGUUGUCCGAAGCCGUCUUGCCAACCAUGACUGCUUUUGCGAGCGGCCUGGGAGGUGAAGGAGCAGAUGUGUUUGUUCAGAUUUUACUGAAGGACCCCAUCUUGAAGGACAACCCGAUGUUGAUCGUUCAGGACCUUCUGAGCUUCUCACUCAAGGAUGGGCACUAUGAUGCCCGGGCCCGAGUCCUCGUUUGCCACAUGACCUCCCUGCUCCAGGCGCCUUUGGAGGAGCUGGAUGUCCUAGAAGAGACAUUCCUGGAGAGCCUGAAGGAAAUCAAAGAGGAGGAAUCUGAAAUGGCCGAGGCAUCCCGGAAAAAGAAAGAAAACCGGAGGAAAUGGAAGCGUUAUCUCCUGAUAGGCCUGGCGACUGUCGGAGGCGGAACGGUGAUUGGUGUGACCGGAGGUCUAGCUGCACCCCUUGUUGCCGCUGGAGCAGCAACGAUUAUUGGCAGCGCCGGGGCAGCAGCUCUGGGCUCAGCAGCUGGCAUAGCCAUCAUGACUUCGCUCUUCGGUGCAGCUGGAGCUGGCCUGACGGGAUACAAGAUGAAGAAGCGAGUGGGAGCCAUUGAAGAGUUCACGUUCCUGCCUCUGACAGAGGGCAGGCAGCUGCACAUCACCAUUGCCAUCACCGGGUGGCUCGCAUCUGGCAAAUACCGAACCUUCAGUGCCCCGUGGGCCGCACUGGCCCACAGCCGCGAGCAGUACUGCCUGGCCUGGGAGGCCAAGUACCUGAUGGAGCUCGGCAACGCCCUGGAGACCAUCCUCAGUGGGCUCGCCAACAUGGUGGCCCAGGAGGCCCUGAAAUACACAGUGUUGUCUGGCAUUGUGGCUGCCCUGACCUGGCCAGCCUCACUCCUCAGUGUCGCCAAUGUCAUUGACAACCCCUGGGGGGUGUGUCUCCAUCGAUCAGCAGAGGUUGGCAAGCACCUGGCCCACAUCCUGCUUUCCCAGCAGCAGGGCCGGCGACCUGUCACCUUGAUCGGCUUCAGCCUGGGAGCCAGAGUCAUCUACUUCUGUCUGCAGGAGAUGGCUCAGGAGAAAGAUUGCCAAGGGAUCAUCGAGGAUGUGGUCCUGCUGGGCGCACCUGUGGAGGGAGAAGCCAAGCACUGGGAGCCUUUCCGGAAGGUGGUGUCUGGGAGGAUCAUCAACGGCUACUGCAGGGGAGACUGGCUGUUGAGUUUCGUGUACCGCACAUCCUCGGUGCAGCUCCACGUCGCCGGCCUACAGCCCGUGCUGCUGCAGGACAGGAGGGUGGAGAACGUGGACCUGACCUCGGUGGUCAGCGGCCACCUGGACUAUGCCAAGCACAUGGACGCCAUCCUGAAGGCCGUGGGCAUCAGUACCAAGCCAGGCUGGGACGAGAAGGGGCUCUCGCUGGCCCCAGGCUGCCUGCCCCCCGAGGAGCCUCAUCAGGCAGCAGCCCCCUCAUCAGGCGAAACCACCCACGAGGUUGGGCAAACCCAGGGUCCCACAUCCAGAGAUGCCUCCAAAUUGGCCAUGUCCAUGGACCCCAGCCAAGCCCAGGUGCCAGCAGGGCUGGACCAGUCUGAAGGGGCCUCCCUUCCUGCUGCUGCCAGCCCUGAAAGCCCCAACAUCUGCAACCAUGGCAUGGACCCCAACCCACUGGGCUGCCCCAGUUGUGCCUGCAAGACCCAGGGCCCCAGCCCGGGGCUGGAAUGACCCCAGCGGGGGACCUGAGCUGUCUUCCCUGAUCUCCAUAUGCAGCUCUCUCAUACCCUCGGCUUCCUCCCAGGAGCUCUGGAGGUGCGGGGUUUCCACGGGUCUCUCCUAAUUUGAAGGAAUUGGAACUGAAAGGCAAAGGAAAUGGAAGUAAGGGGAAUUUGGAGGAUAGAACAUGCCCACCCUGGGGAAGCUGCCUGUCUCCAGAGGAGCCUCAGCAGGGAGCAGUAGCCCCCUCAUCAGAGACCCGCAGAGUCAGCCAAGCCCAAGUUAAGAGUCCCAGGACUGGAAACCAGCUUCGGGCUUUCUAUACUUCUCACAGCUUUGGAGUCUGGCUGUCCAUCGGGAGGUCCAGAGGGCUCUCUGGGGCCCAAGGCUCCCACGCCACCUCUCCCCUGGACUAAGUAAAACCAGGUGCCUGCCUACUCUUCCAUCCACACGCCAGGGCUACCCACCAGCUGACAGACACCAUCAACUGGCAGCAGCAGGGCAGGCACAGGCAAAAGUGGGCAGCUCACUCCUGCUCUUAGGAGAUCCAAUCUGAUCUGCCCCAUACAGCCACGCAGGCUGCGCACUGUACAGUUCCAGGGACAUUAGUCACACAGACACAAUGUGAGUGUGGUCCCCCAACAUGCACCACGGUAGCUCUGUGACAAAGCAUGGUGAGUGCAUGCGGAAUUGCAUUCGGUAAGGCUGUGAAUUAGGCCUGGGGACAAGAAUGAAGUUUACUGGGAAAGACUUUCCUGUAGCAGGAACAGAGGGGAUAACAGCAGCAAUAAAUAAUAAUAAGCUA